AAAACGAAGAACCCUUAAGUACGGUUACGAUAGUUAGACGACUUGCUGAUCAGAUUCAUUUGGAACAAGUAACUAAAACCGUAUAUUCUGGCAACAUUUUAUAACAACCGAAUAUGUAUAAACUAGCUUACUUAAGUUGCCAUUGUUUGCAAUACUGAUGGUUAUUGUUGAGCUAACGAUGUUUCAAAUCUUGCUCCAGAAUACAUGUAGGUUGCUAGCUAGCUAUGAUGAGGCUAAGCACGCGAUUUAAGCAUUUCUGAAGUUUGAAGUCAUCAUUAUUAUAUGCAAACUAUUUGAAAAUUGCAAUGCUAUACGGAUGCAUUGGUUUGUAUACAUAUUUUGAAUUCUGUUAGAAACGUUUGCCGUGGCUGAAGCAUACAGCUAGCUGUGCUAUACCUUGCUGUAGCCUCAGUCUGACACAGCUGUAGAAAGUACCGGGGUGUGUGUAGCGUGUGGAGCACGCGUCCAGCGUACCUUGUGUGUAAACUACAGUGAUGCGCCAUGUCUUCGGACGACCUCGCGGCACAAAGGGACAAGAUAGAGCGUCAAAUAUUGGAGCUCGAGCGCAGUCUGGGUCCAGAAAGCAUCUCCUAUGACUUGCUGUCCUCUGACGGUUCUUCCGAUGAUGAUUCGGACGACAAUGACGCUUCGGGUUCUGCUUUGCGUGCAGAGGACUUGGAGGGUGAGAGGGAGCGAGUUCAAAGAGAGAUUGAGGAGUUGGAGCGCUCUCUUGGGACUGGUGCAAUCAUCCUGUCAGAUGAGGAGGAUGGAGGGAUUGCCCCAGAGGAGAGUGAGGAAGGCAGUGAGGAGGAGCUUGAUCUGCCUCAAACGGCAGAGUCCUGCCUGCAGAUGAACUUGGUCUACCAGGAGGUCCUGAGGGAGAAGAUGGAGGAGCUGGAGAAGCAUCUGGCUGACAACAAGCAACAGCAGAAAGAGCUAGUGGCUCAGAUGUCGGGCCCAGGCCCUUCAGACGGCUGUGCCAAGAACUCGAUACCCAACUACAACCCUAACAACCUGUUCUUGGGACACUUCCUCAGACCCUACUUCAAGGACAAGCUCACAGCCCUGGGACCCCCAGCCAACCCAGAGACUAAGGAGAAGAACAGCAAAGAGAACAGGGGGGCCGGGACGAUAAAAGUGAAAAGAUGGACAGGCUGGCAGAAGGCACUCCUGGUCAACUCUGUGGUCAGGGACUGCAUGAGGCUGAUGAUUAAACCCAAACUGAACAAGGUGGAAUAUCUGACCGAUAAGAUUUCUAAAAUGGACAGUGGAGCCGAGAAGCAGAACCUGCGCCAGCAGAUCUCUCAGAUAGAAAAGGAAAUAGAAGAGAUCAGGGCGAAGAAGGAGGAGGAGCUGACUGGUAGCCGCCUUGAUGAACACGACUGGGAGAAGAUCGCCAAUAUUGACUUCGAAGGUCUGCAGGAUGCAGAGAACGUCAAGGUUUUCUGGCAAAACUGCCUUCACCCCUCAAUCAACAAGAACAUCUGGAAGGAGAAAGAGAUCGACAAGCUUAGGAUCGUAGCGCUCAAAAACCACUGCAUCAAUUGGCAGCUGACUGCUGAGCAGCUGGGGACCAACAGGACAGCCUUCAUGUGUCUUCAGGCCUUCCAGCGCUACGUCUCCAAGACCUUCAAAAAGGGCCCAUGGCAACCUGAGGACGACCAGCAACUCAGAGAUCUGACGGAGAAGAUGCGAGUGGGAAACUUCAUCCCCUAUACGCAGAUGUCGUACUUCAUGGAAGGGAGACCCGCUACACAGUUGAUGUACCGCUGGACCAUGGUUCUAGACCCAUCCCUCAAAAAAGGAUAUUGGACCCCUGACGAAGACGAGCUGCUCCGGAAUGCUGUGUCCAAGUAUGGCAUUGGGAGGUGGUGGAAGAUAAGGUCAGAAGUCCCCGGCAGGACUGACACCCAAUGCCGCGACAGGUACCUGGACUGCUUGAGAGAGGGUGUGAAGAAGGGGCCCUGGUCUCCUGAGGAGAUGUUGUUACUGAAAGAAAUGGUGAAAAAACAUGGAGAAGGGAAGUGGGCUGCAAUCUCCAGGGAGAUCCCAAACAGACUGGACUCCCAGUGUAUGAAUCAGUGGCGUAGGUUAAAGCGGCACAGAAGCGGGUUGACAAGGAGCCAGUCCAAGGCGAUAACGAAGAGUGUGAAAAAAAGGAUCAUAAAGAGACUGCAGAAGCUGGAGGAGGAAGAGGAGGGAUCCACCUCGGAGGAAGAAGAUCCGAUACAAAUCGUUUACAUGGACAGCGAUGAUGAGACCAUGGGGAAAAAGCGAAAAAGGGGGUCUGUGGAGAGCGAGACUGAGGAGGAAAAGGAGGAAGUUGAGAGAACGUACUUAAUCCUCCCCCUUGAGAAAUGGAUUCCAACAUGGGACCCCAAUGUCAGGGGCUCUGGGACCCUGAAUACUGUGUUUGUAGAGCUGCCAAGUGUUAACUCCUCUCAAGAGGUUCCUGACACAUUUGGAUCUAACCAUGGCCAGUCUAGCAGCUCAGUGUACCCCAGCCAAAACCCCCCCACACACCAUAAUGUAAUGGUACGCUCCACCAUCCUGGAUCGCUUUGGAAACUACUUGGAAUCUGUGGUGGGGGACAACCCUGCAGUACUGGCCAAAAAGGAUCGCCACAGUCUGCUGGCCAUGCUCAAGGUGCCGUUUGCAGAAAUCAAGGAGCUGAUGCUUUGGAGAGGAGUCUGUGCCUCCAAGAAGAGGAACAGCUUCCGGUCCGGUCCAGUGAGAACGUUCCACAGGCCGUCCAGCAUGACCAGCAACACCAGUCUGCACCACGCCCUCCUGGUGGCGGUCACCCCCUGGGUGGGCAAUCUGCUGCUGCCCGCGCCCCUCACCAAGAACAGACCCUGGAAACUGGACAUGGUUCGAGAGCAAGCAGAAGCAUUGGAACUCACCAGCACCCCAGUGUUCAAGCUCUUUCUGCAGGCGCUCCGCGUCGACACCGGCGGCUGCAAGAAGAUCAUCCAGCACCGCCAGAGUCCGCAGAGGAUGCAGCUCGUUCCUGUCCAGUCCGCGCAAAAUCUGAAGACGACGGUGGCCAACAGGCUGCAGCAAGUCAGAAGAGUUUCUGGGAACUCGAUGACACAGCAUAAUAGUCAACAAUCUGCAUCCAUCUUCAUGGGUCCUUCACCUGUCUUCAUAACACAGCCCAUAGUACAGGGUCAACAACUUCCUGUACAAUCCCACUCACUUCCUGUCCAAGGCACCAGACUUCCUGUCCCUGGAGUUCCAAUGGUUAGAUUUGUCGUGGCGGCGGGUCAGAAACCCGUCCCCCUCACAUCCCCCUCCCCACACAUCCUCUGCCUCCAAUCCCCCCCUGUCCCGUCAUCCAGUUCCAACUUUAACCCCCUAACCUGCAGUGCUAACACAUUCUCCACCCCUACCAUUUUACGUGUCCCUCUCCAAACAAACUCCUUCCGGUCACCUCCAGGCAGGACCAUCGUGGCAGAGAUUAGCGUGUCUCCCAAGGUGAGCAGUCCCGCUGUGGGGAAACGAGCUCGUAAACCGACCGAAAAGGUCAAAGCUCUCUUGGAAAAAGGCAAAAGGGCAGAUGGUAUGUCCCCCAGACGCAAGAGAACCUGCAAAGAGGCUGCUCCUGAAACCGAAGCCCUCCUGAAGACUGAUGGAAAGUCGCCCGGAUCCAGGAAAACCUGCAUGCAGAUUGCUCCUAAAGCCGACCCUCAGAUAUGCUCUCCCACUGCCUGGACCGUCACAAAUGAAAAGCCAGCCCCUCCUCCUCCCUUGGAUAUAAACAUAGUCUAUUCCAUAGCCGGCCAGCGGUCCCUCCGCCCAAAACAGCCGGAUAGCCCACAGACUCCAUCCACCAGCGCUAUAACCAACGAUCAUUCAAGCUAUACAGUGUCCACCAAUCCUGGUGCUGCUCUGACGCAAUCUUGCAGUCCAAACCUAAACCCUCAGACAACCAUCACAAAUUCCACCGCAACUACUACAUUUUCCACCAAUCCUGGCCAAGCUUUUGCACUCUCCACCAAUCCUGAUCCAGGUCUCCCACUCUCAACCAGUCCUAACCCCAACAUUAAAACCCCCUCCACCAGUCUUCCUGCAGUCUGUAGUCUGGUGCAAAGUGUGAACCAGUCAUCUGCCGUGUCCCUAGGCUCUCCACAAUCUCCAAGGUGUGCCCUCAAUGGUCCCACCCAAUCACAGCCUGGCUCUGGUUCUACCCAAUCACAGCCUGGCUCUGGUUCUACCCAAUCACAACGUGUCACUGGUCCCACCCAAUCACAACCUAGUCCAGGACCCACCAGUUCUGCCCCUAUGUUUUUUCUACAAUCAAAUUGUACCCCAUGGCCCCAUGGUUUAUCCCCCGUUGGUCCACUGCAACAACAGCUUUCACCUGGUCCUUGCUUACCUUACAUCAUACAUGUUCAGCAACCAGGGACCCCAGGACCAGGGCCUGUGUUCAGGCAUCCCUCCCCAAGAACAAUCCCCUUCCUCAGGCAGUUGUCUCCAGGGUCUGGCCCUUUCCCUAUGAAGCAGGGCCAUCCUGGAGCCAGGCCAAUCCUAAGACAAAACCCCACUACUCUCAUCAGGCACGUUUCCCCAGGACCACGACUUUUCUUCAGGCCAGUAUCCCCAAGAAUGACUGUCCCCCUGCCCUCGCACACAGCCACGCCAAGCCUGCCCAGCAAUGUGAUCAUAGUCGACUCCACAGAGCCCAGUUUCAAACCCGAGCCCCUCCAAUUCGACCCCUCCUUGAUACUAAGGGAGGAGCCGUCACAGGUGAUCGAAUGGCUGACUGGCAAGACGGGUGUGGUGCUACCAAAGCUGGAGGUGGCCUUGCCCUACCUGCCUCCCUUCUCCAGCAACCUGGCCUCCCUCUCUGCUCUGCUCAGGCACAAGAAGUCCCUGACCACCUCCGCUUUGCAGCUGCUGCCCCUGGACGAGCAGGGCGCCAGCGAGGAGGACAAGGUGUCCGCCGUCAGGGAAGUGAUCGCGGAACGCUUCGGGUCAAACCCUGCGUUCCUCAUGCUUAAGGCUCGCUUCCUGUCCUGCUACACCCUGCCCGCUUUUCUCGCCACGCUCAACCCGGUCAGCGUGGAGCCUGAGUCAAGGUCAAACUCUCCAACCUUGGACAAUGGAGAGGGUGAAGAGCAGACGGAUUAUAGACAAAGUAAACGGGCAAAAGUCGGAGAUGGAUCUACAAGAAUGCAGAGUUCCUUGCUGGUAACAGAUGGUACUGGCGCCCCUGCAGCUCACUACUGUGGCAUCCCCUGCAACCAGAGCCAGCUCCCGCCCCCUGGCAUUCCCUCCAAUCAGAGCCAGCUCCCGCCCCCUGGCAUCCCCUGCAACCAGAGCCAGCUCCCGCCCCCUGGCAUCCCCUCCAAUCAGAGCCAGCUCCCGCCCCCUGGCGUCCCCUCCAAUCCUAAUGCAGCAGAUGGUUCCUCCUCUUAAAAUCCAAAGUGUUCUGAAGGAAAUUUUGAUGUCAGAGAUGUUUGUGACCACAGUAGCUAUGGUACACUUGUUACAAUACAAAUGUUAUGUUUAUGCAAAUGAAUUCAACUAGUUCCAUAUAUAUGUAUACUUAUUGUAAAAAGAGAUUC